GAUUCGUUUUAAGAUAUUAUUUUAAAAUAUUUUUCAUACAUAUUCAUACUUAUGUUUUGUUUCAAUGAUUCUAAAGAUGAUAAAGAUAACUUUUCAGUGAUAUAUUCAGACUUUAAAUAUCAAUAAGCAUUAUGGAAACAUUAUUACCGUCGGAAAUAGCUCGAUUAGUUCUCGGAUACCUUGAAAAUGAAAAAUGUAUAGAAGCUGCUAAAAUAUUUUUAGAAACUUGUCCACAUUUACAAGAAUGUCGUACUGUAAUUUCAAAUGGAAGACGAUUUAGUACAAAAGUUAAUGGAAUGACUUUGAUAAAUAUUAUUGAAAAAUUUUUUACUAUUAAUUCAACAGUUCAUGAAUAUUUAAGCAAAAUUGUUGAUUAUGAGCAUUUAAAGCAAUAUGGAGAUUUACUUAAUGAGUUGAAAUUACUUACUGGUGAAAAUUAUGGACAUUUUAAUAUCAAUGUUCUUUCAGAGGCUAAUUCUCAAAUAUGUAAUGGGUCUCCAAUAAUAUCUAGUAGCACUCGUAAAAGACAUCACAAUAAUAGUGAUCGUGAACGAUGUAAACGUACGAAAGUAACAUUAAAUGUAUCACAGCCUGAUUCACCCUCUACUCAAGUAUCUAAUUUUGAUAGUGUAGAAGCAACUCCAUUGGAAAGUUUACCAGGUCAUAUAGAUAUAUUUGAACAUUCCAAAUCUAACAUUAAUAUUAAAGAAAAGAAACAUAGUAAUUCUUUGCAACAUCAAGGCAGUGAUAAAAAUAUUCAAAGCAUAGAAGAUGUUACAAAUAAUAUACAUACAGAAAGCAAUACAAAAAACUUCUGCAUGCUUGAUAAAUGUACUGCAGCAACAAGUACAGAAGAAUUAAUGACUUACUCGUGUGUAGAAGUUCAGACUACUCCAUAUGAUACACCAGAAUCCGAAUCAGAGAGUAAUGAUGAACCAAUAGAAAAUUUAAGUCUGUUAACAAAAGAGCUUUUGAAUCGUACAGAAUUACAAGAGAGAAUUGCUGAGAAUAUUAACAAAGCAAUACUUCCAACAGAUACAUCAUUAAAAGAUGAAAGUUUAAAUGAUUCCAUGAAUGGUGAAGCAAAUACUUCUAUUAUGAUAGAAUUGAAUAAUGCAAUUAAAUCAAUAGUAGAAGCAACAGAGUCUGAUCCUGUAUUUGAAAAGUUUCUCGAAGAAAUUAUUGGACCACAUAUAGAAACUGAUACAAGUCCUGAUGAAGAUACCGAAAUUAAAUCAAAAACAAAAAUUUUUAAUGAAUUACAAGAAAAACAAAAUGAAGUGAUUUCAAAUAACAAUAAUUCAUUAGAAUCUAUAAUAUUAGAUGCUAAGUCAUCCACUGAAUUAAAUGCAGCAGAUAUUCCAUUAAAACACAGACUUCGUAGUUCUUUUAAACAACAAAAUGCUCGAAACGAAGAUGAACAAUGUGAUCAGGAAAAAGAAUAUGAUAUGUUGGAAGAUCAAAAUGCUGCUGCAAUAUCAAGUAUAAUAAAUGCAAAUAUUAUUAACAAAAAAUCAAUAAACGAUAAGAAAAUUAUGAAUACAACAAAAGAAAUUGUAUGUUCGCUAGAUAAUAAUAGUGAAAAAGAAUUGCCAAUAUUUGAAAUCCCACUUGAUAAAGAUACAGAAAAAAUUGAAAAAUUAAUAACUAAUGAUAUUCAAAAAGAUGAUACUGUUGAUCAUGUUGUUAUUCAAAAUAAUGAUAUGGAAUCAAAGAUGAAAAAGUCAUCAGUAAAGCGAUUGCGACUUACAAAGCUUAAACAACAAAAAUCGGAAAGUAACAUAAACAAUUAUACAGCUGAACAAGAUGUAAUGAUAAUGCCAACGUUAAUAAUGUGUUCUAAAGAAGAAAUAAGUAAUAUAUUGUCGACAAAUUCUUAUCCACCUACUCGUCCUACAACAAAUUCUAAUACAAAUUCACGAUUCAUUCCUAUUAUUCCCAAAGAACCCAUGACUAAUAAAAUGGGUAAAGAUUUCGUAGAAACAUUGUAUUUAAGAGCCGUAAAUGUCGCUCAAAGAGUAACAUCACCACACACGCACACAUUUUUUAAUACAUCAAAUGAUUUAAAAAAUUUAAUUUCUUGUACGAUAACAAUGACAACUACAACAACGACGAUGACGACAACGAUGACAACAACAACGACGACGACAACAACAACGACAACGACAACGACCACAACAAAGGUGACAAUGACAUCGACAACAACAACAAUGACAACAUCGAUGCAAAUAUGUCAAAAAGAAGAUAAUAACAAAAUAAAUAGCAGUAAAGAAAUAACUCGAUCCAUAGAUAAUAUUAAUAAUUCUGUAAAUAAUUCAAUUAUAAGUCCUAUAUUAUUAAAUAAUGCCAAACCAAUUGCUGGAGAAUUAAUAACAUUAUAUGGUAAUGAAACUAGUACAAAAACAUUACUAGAUAGUUCAAAUAUGCCUACAAUUAAUGUAGAAGAUAAUGUUAGUUUAUCAGGUUCUGGAUUAUCUCCGUACAUUAAAUUCAAUUGUAAUAAGAGUAAUCAAAAUCAAAAUUUAUCAGAUAUUGAUCUAACACCUAUCAUUCAAAAUUCAAAAGUUGUGGUUCCUUUAAAGACGAAUAAUAUUGUUAAUGAUCGACAUCUUUCAGCUUCCAAAAGUAUUGAUUGCGAUAUCAUUAAUAAACGCACUCCAAAAUCAUUAUUAAGAAGUAGAUCGAAAAAUUAUAGAUUAAGUUUAUCAACACCUAGAAGGAGGAAUAGUCAUAUAAGAGCUCUCGAUUUUAAUACGCCUAUAAAGACAACAAACAUAUCCGAUAAAAUAAUCAAUGAAAAUAAUAAUGCACAUUUUUCAUCAGAAUCCACAAAAAUCGUUACAUCUGUAUGUAGAAAUUCUCUUUUUAAAUCUCCGCCACUUACUAAUACCGCUAUAUCUACGCAUAAAAUUAAAACUCCGUUAAAACUUUGUCGGCCUUGCAAAUUUCCAAUAACAUCAAAAAGCCCAAUACCAAAACUUAUGGGUGAUUGGGAAAAGUAUAACGGACUUGGAAUAAUUAUAGACGAUGUUUCUUCACAUUCAAGCAUCAAUGUUUCUUCUGAAAACAAAGUUAUAAAAACUCAAUCUAAAUCGUUGAAACUUACAAAAGAUACAUGGGACGCAGAUUUGCGAAAAGCUUUACACAUUGCCGCUGAUGAAGAUAAUCAAAAAACGAAAAUAUCUACUACCGACAAGAAAACAAAUCGUUCAAAAAUUGCUAAAUCAAAUGUUGUUAUCUCAUCAACGAAGAAGAAUAAAUGCAACUUACGUACAUCGAAAAAUAAAAAUACUGUACCAGAAGAAAAUAAAAAGAAUGUGCAAAAUGUAAAAAAUAAAUGUAUUGUAGAAAAAUGGAAUGCGACAGAAUCCACAAUCACGAAAAGCAUAGAUUGUAAUGAAUCUAAAACGGAUAAGGAUUUCUUAACUACUCAUAUUAAUCACAAUUUAACAGUAAAUAAUUUUUCUAAUAUAAAAAAAGACGAUGUUAAUGUACAAAUUUGUACAAUAAAUAAAGAUAAAGCGAUUAUUGAACAAAAGAAUAUCGAUCAUCAAUUGUCUCUAGCAAAGAAUAAUUAUUCAUACGAUAAUGCAACAACAAAUGAUAAUUUAUUAUUUGAAAAAAAAAAUGUAAAAAAAUAUGCUCAAUUAAAAACGUUACAAACUAAUUUGAAUAAAUGUAGCCGAAGUGCUAAAAAAUCACAUUUAGAAAAAGAUACAAUUUCCAUGGAUACUACAGAACGUUCAGAAUUUACAAGGACUUCUGUAGAUAUCACACAACAAUUAUUACAAGUACCUAAUUUGAUCGAUCACGAAACACCGAGAAAAUUAAAUAAUUCUUCUGGUGUUCCACCGACACCAAGAUUGCUCAGUCCAAGUAGCAAUACAACACCGUUUAUCAAAUCUAGCGAAGAUACUGGUAAGAUGUGUAGUUUCAUAAAUACACCAGAAUUUCCAACAACACCUUGUAUUGCAUUAACUCCAAAAAUUUCUGAUGAAACAACUACAGACAAUAUAAAAAAAGAAACAUUUAAUUCUUGUUCUCCAUAUUAUAAACCUACCUCUGAGCUAGAUGAGCGUGAAAAAUUUAGUAAUAGUAUACAAAAACCAAUCGUAGGAUCAUCACAAUGCACAAAACAGUGCAUACCACAUAACAUUAUCAGUUCUACAAAUACAUAUCAAACUUGUGUAUCUGCAAAAUUAGAAAUAACACAAUUUGAAGUGAUUAAAGAGAAUUUGCCAAAAGAAGAAGCAAUAAAAGAACUUAAAAUAUCAGCUAAUUCACGGGAUUCCACCUAUUAUACGAAAUCUGAUUCAGUUGAAGAUAAUGUCAAUAAAGAUAAUAUAAAUAAAAAUAUACAUGAAAAAAAGGGAAAUAUUGAUAAUGAAAAAUAUUUAUCGAAUAGCGAAAACUCGAAUGAUAGCAAUGCAUCCACAUCUUCCUCUUCUUCAUCAUCCUCUACAUCAUCAUCAUCAUCAUCGUCAUCGCCAUCAUCAUCGUCAUCUUCAUCAUCGUCAUCUUCGUCGUCAUCAUCUUCAUCUUCAUCAUCACCAUCGGUGUUUUCACCAUCAUCUACUUUGACUAAUUUAAAAACAACAAAAUCGGUGGAAAAAUCUCCUAAUAAGAAAUGUAAAAAAAUUUCAAAUCAGAAUUGUAUUAAUACAAAUUACGACUCAACACGAAAAAUUACACACGUUACAGAAACAAUUAGUGAAAAAAUGGCAUGUUCAACUAUUUCAGAAAAUAAUUCUCUACAGUUACAAAUUAAUCCAAGCGAUAUGUUACAUGCGGAAGAAACAAUUAUUGCUUUAAGAAAAUGUGAAUCUUCACCUUCAAAAGUAUUUUCAAUAUUAAAAAAUGAAAAAGAUUAUAAAUCUAAUAUGAAAGAAACACCUGCCAAAAACGAGACUUUAUUGAAUGAAAUAGAUAUUUCUGAAACUCCUAAUAGUUCAAAGACUGGCAUAGAGAAUUUGACUAAUUUAUCUUCCAAAAUUUCCGCAUUAAUAACUUCAGGAGAUCGACAAAUAUUAAAAUCAAAUCAAAAUUUAUGCAUAGAAAAUUCUACAACCAAAAAAUUAAAACAAAAACCUAAUAUAGUAGAUAUACAACAUUUAAGAUCUUCUUUGGUUAGUUUUAAACCAACUAAAUCAAUAAAACAUUCUUCAAUGUUACAGAAAAGGCAAAAAUCUCUUACUAUAAAUGAGAAAUUAGUUGUACAAUUAGAAGCCAAACGUCAACGUAUGAUAGCAAAAUUUCGUGAAAUUCCUAAAACCAAUCUUAGCAAAGAAAAAACUCAACAAGGAAGAAUCAUUUUUAAAGGUAAAAAUAAUACUAGUUUCAAAAAGAAAAGUAAUCAGUAUAAAUAUAUUCAGAAAAAUGAGAAUAAAUUUAAUGAAAAGAAAAAAAAGAAGAAAAAGAAAAAGAAAAUGGAAGAAUCACAUAAUAUUAAUAAUGAUAAUAUUAAUACUAAUAACAAUAAUAAUAAUAAUAAAUAUAGCAAUAGUAAUGAUUACGAUCUUGGUAUCAACAAUAAUAAUAUUAAUAAUGGCAAAGCUAAUAAUGAUAUUAUUAAUGAUAAUAAUGAUAAAAACGCUAAAUUAAAGCAUUUUUCCACUAAUAAUAAUUCAAAAAAUGAAAUCUAUAAUUCGGAAAAUUCAAAACAAAAAGAUAUCGAUUACAAUGUACAAAAUAAUGAAUUGAUAUUUGAAAUUACAAACCAUGUACCUACAGAAAUAAAAAAUGAUCCAAAGAAUAACAAAAUAGCAGUUGAGAAUAAUAAGAUACAGAAUCAAAUAAAUAACAAUAAAGUUAUUGAGAAAGAAACUAAAGAAACUAUAAAAUUGGAUGCAACAAAAAAUCUAGAAGCGAAACACAUUCAAGAUAGAAUUAGCACGGAAGUUGAAAAAUGUGAGAAUAAAAAAUAUGAUACAUUGAAUGAAAAUAAAUUCAAUGAUAUAAAAAAUGAACAUAGUUCUAACGAAGAAGAUACACGCGAACUAAAAGGAUAUCUAAAAAACGUAAAAGAUAAUGAUAAACAAAAAAUAAUUUUAUUGAAGUCUAAAGUUGAUCAAAUAAAACGAGAUUUAUUUAGUGAUGAAGAAGAGGUGUUAAAAAAAGAAGAAACAAACUUUUCAGCCAAUCAGAAAAACAAUAUUCCUACUGAAGUACUUGAUACUGUUAAAAAUACAGAUAUAGAAAAUAACGAUUCUGAAAAUCCGAAGAGUUUAUCAUGUGUACUUCAAUGUUUGCAGCUCGUUCCUACAUAUAAACAUGAUUGUAAGAUAGAAUCUCAAUGUACGAAAUACAAUCGUAAAAUGGAUCUUAAUGUAACUAUUCCUAAUUCGGUAGAAUAUCAUUUUCUACAUGACGAAAUAACAUCUUUCAAAAAAAGAAGGCGAAGAUACAGUAAUCAUGAGUUGGAACUUCAAAUUAAUAUUGUUUUAAAUGAUCAAAAUUAUGAUGAAAAUGUUAAAGUAAUGACAGCUACUGAUUAUGAAGAAAUAUUUAAUUUACCGCCUAAAUCUAAGAAAAGAUUGGGAAAUCGAAAAUCACCAAUUAAACAUGAAAAUAGUUGCGAAACAUCGAAUAAAAUUUCUAUCGAUACUUUAACAAUGAAAAAUGUGCAUGCAAAACCUUUAGCAACUUCAUCUCCAUUGGAAAAACCAUUUACAUCUACAAUAAAAAAAAGUACUAUCAAAACUGCUACUAUGAAUGAAAAAAAUAUUGAAGUACAACAUAAUAAUAAAAAACGAUUAAAAAUAGAUAAAAUUCGAGAAGAUAAUAAAGGCAACAUUAUUGCAAAAAUUUCAAAAAGAAAAAUAUCAGAAUUAAAAGAAAGUAAACAGACUGAAAAACGACAAUGUACGACAGAUCCACAAACAUUAUUAAACAAUUUAGAUUUGGAUAAGUUUUUAACUUCUGUUCAUGGACCAGCAUGAGCAUUAAUUUAGUUUUUCAACAUUGUACAGAACAUAAAACAUAUAUAAACGCGUGCGCGCGUUAUAAUAUAAAAA